AUGGCGUAUUAUGAAGGAGGGAAGCGCUCCCGAUACUUUGCAGCAGACAAGAAGAGAUCUGUCUUGUUGAAAAAGCUCCGAAGUAAAGACAAAAUCUACCCUUCUAUUCAGCGAAGAGGAUACUACUCUGAUCUUAUCACAACUGAGGCAAAUUUGGGGGAGUUUGAGGACUUGCAAGUUGGACCAAGCACUGCACAACCAACUCUAUGGAACGUAAAAACAGAAAAGCAUGUUCCUAGAGCUGAUGCUCUCCAGUAUGCCUCUGAGGAUGUUAAUAAACAGUUGCAGAAACAAGUCUAUGGACCAGACACUGGUGUUUUUGUCAAAAAGCGGAAAUCAGGGGAAAGUUGUGCCAGUGGAGUGGACUUCCCUACCUCAGCCUUUGAGCCAAAAGUACAGCUGCCCACAAACCACAAACCUGGGGAGAGACCCAGGAAAAUUGAAUUAGAAAGGCUGAGACGUUUAUUUGCCCGUCUUGACUUGCCUUUGCUGUUGAAAGAACGAGGUGUCAAGACAGAGCUUCUCAUGCCAAAACAACACAAAAAUCUCAACAUCAUAUUGAUGAUGGAUCCAAGUGACCCAGCUCCUUUUCCACCAUAUUUACCCUUGCACAUUUUUGACAAUAUAGAAUUUGAUUGUCGCACCCCCAAAGAUUGGAUGAAGCUGGGCGAUAUGACAAUGGCAAGGCAUCCAAUUCCAAGCCUUUGUCUUUUGCCAGUAAAGGAUGAGGAUGGUGACAAGGAUCCUACAGACCCAAGCAUUGAAUAUGACUGGUUUGAUGCUGGCGUUCUGGACUAUUGUCAUAAUACAAAUCUGUAUUUUGUGCAGAGAGUAGAUGAGAACUGUCGCAUCGUUAACCCAGACGGAGAAACAGUUAUAAAUGGGUCCAUUGACCCAGUCACUGGAAAACGAAUAAUUCAUCGUAAUCAGUUUUGGAUUGAAAGAUGGCGAGUCAUGUUCAGAGCUGAGGAUCCACGAAUUUUUGCUGAUCGUGUAGCGUUUGCAUACCAGGCUCGCCGUCGGUGCGAAGCAGAACUGCGCUACACUCUGUACAUUGAUUGCAUGCCAAUGGAUGGCCUUGGAGAUCUGAGUCCUGAGAACUUUGCCUCCAUUGAGAGAAGAGCUCACAGCACACCAGGACUUGCAAAGUAUAAGAAGUAUGAAACGAGGUUUUACUUUAGUAUGCAAUGACUAACAUU